AUGCAUUGUGGGCUGCUGGAGGAGCCUGAUAUGGAUUCCACAGAGAGCUGGAUUGAAAGAUGCCUCAAUGAAAGCGAGAGCAAGCGGUACUCCAGUCACACGUCUCUGGGGAACAUGUCCAACGACGAACAUGAAGAAAAAGAGAACAACAGAGCCUCUAAACCACAUUCGACACCAGCUACUCUGGAAUGGCUAGAAGAAAACUACGAGAUAGCCGAAGGUGUGUGCAUCCCCCGGAGUGCCCUCUACAUGCAUUACUUAGACUUCAGCGAAAAGCACGACACGCAGCCUGUGAACGCAGCCAGCUUUGGAAAGAUCAUUAGGCAGCAAUUUCCAGCACUAACUACCAGAAGACUGGGGACAAGAGGGCAGUCGAAGUACCACUACUACGGCAUCGCGGUGAAGGAGACCUCCCAGUAUUAUGACGUGAUGUACUCCAAAAAGGGAGCUGCGUGGGUGAACGAGACGGGCAAGAAAGAGGUCACGAAGCAGACAGUGGCGUAUUCACCGCGCUCCAAGCUGGGGACGCUCCUGCCAGAGUUUCCAAAUGUCAAAGACCUAAAUUUGCCUGCCAGCCUGCCAGAAGAGAGGGUGUCAACCUUCAUCAUGAUGUACAGAACGCACUGUCAGAGGAUACUGGACACGGUUAUCCGAGCCAACUUUGACGAGGUCCAAAGCUUCCUGCUGCACUUCUGGCAGGGCAUGCCGCCCCACAUGCUCCCUGUCCUCGGCUCGCCCACCGUGGUCAACAUAGUGGGCGUCUGUGACUCCAUCCUCUACAAGGCCAUCUCCGGGGUGCUGAUGCCCACCGUCCUGCAAGCACUGCCUGACAGUCUGACUCAGGUUAUUCGAAAAUUUGCCAAACAGCUGGAUGAGUGGCUUAAAAUAGCACUUCACGACCUUCCAGAGAACCUGAGGAACAUCAAGUUUGAAUUAUCGAGGAGAUUUUCUCAGAUUCUAAAGCGGCAAACGUCAUUAAACCAUCUAUGUCAGGCAUCGCGGACUGUGAUAAACAGUGCCGACAUCACCUUUCAAAUGCUGGAGGACUGGAGGAAUGUGGACUUGAACAGCAUCACCAAGCAGACACUUUACACCAUGGAGGACUCGCAGGAGGAGCACCGGCAGCUUAUUAUCCACUUGUACCAGGAGUUCGACCGUCUCCUGGAGGAGCAGUCGCCCAUCGAGGCUUACAUCGAGUGGCUGGACUCCAUGGUGGACCGCUGCGUUGUCAAGGUGGCAGGGAAGAGGCCCGGGUGCCUGAAGAAGGUGGCCCAACAGUUCCUGCUGAUGUGGUCAUGUUUUGGUACCAGAGUCAUCCGGGAUAUGACCCUCCACAGCGCGCCCAGCUUCGGAUCCUUCCACCUGAUCCACCUCAUGUUCGAUGAUUACGUGCUCUACCUGCUGGAGUCGCUGCACUGCCAGGAGAGAGCCAACGACCUCAUGAGGGCCAUGAAGGGAGAAGGCAGCACAGCAGAGAGAGAGGAGGAGUUCACGCUGACAGAAACCACUCCCACCUCCCCGUCUCCGGGAUCCUACUCUCCCGCCCGCUCCGUCCACUCCGUGGGCGUCUCCUCGGCCAGCUCCCCCACGGCAGCCGUGUCCCCCGAGUACACCGGAGUCACCACCACCACAGGCGCUGUUCAGUCAUAUACCUGGUCCCUUACAUACACAGUGACAACAGCAGGCGGCUCCACUCCAGAGGCCGGUCAGCAGCUGUCCUGCAUGAGAAGCAGCGCUCCAGUCCCUCCUCCGUCUUCAGCCCACAGGAUGCCGGUGUACACCCACAGGGAGGAGCACGGGUACACUGGCAGCUACAACUACGGCAGUUACGCCAACCAGCAUCCCCACUCCAUCCAGAGCCAGUACCCGAGUCUGGCCCACGAGCCGGCGAUCCCGGCCCCCCUUCACUACUCCGCCUACCACCGCUCGUCUGCACAGUACCAACUCAACGGCCAGAUGUCUCGAAUGGAGCCUUGUUUGAUGGGCAGCACUCCCCGGUUGCACCCCACACCUGUCGCCCCCCGGUGGCCAGAUGUGUCCCCUGCUAACAGCUGUUACACCAGCCCACCUAUGCAUUCAUCCCGCUAUGCCACUUCUGGGGACAUGUACUCCCCCCUGGGCCCUCGCAGGAACUCAGAGUACGAACACUCGCAGCAUUUUCCCGGCUUCGCCUACAUCAACGGAGAGGCCACCACUGGCUGGGCCAAAUAG